CAAUGAAGCUUUCUUUUCCCGCGGGUUGGAGGCCCGGCAGCUGCGGUCAGGAACCUGGACACGCAAGAGGCCACCGGGCCGCGAACCGGCCCGGGCAGCGGCCCCUGCGGCGGCUGGAGGCCGCGACUCGGCUCCGGGCUCCGGGCAGCCUUCCAGUCCCCAGCCCCUAGCCCUUCCCCCACGGCCCCGGGUCUGCGGAGUAUAAACAGCCCAACUCCGGCCAGGCUGGGGGCGGGUCCGGUCAGGGGAACCGAGGCCAUGAGGGCCCACGUGGCCCCUUCAGUACCCCAGGGUGCCUGCCGGCAUGUUCGAGGUGAUGUCAUGGCCUGCACUCUGAUGUCAUAUUGAACAUGUGACAUCGCACGCAGCCCCCAAGCCCAGGCACCAGAGCCCUCUGGCCAAAACCGCAAGGUUUCUCUUGGAGCCACUUGUGCGCGUCCCAGAGCUGUGGGUAGGGGCCUGGACGUGGACCCCAUCCCCUUCCUUCUUGCUCUUCUUCCUAAUCCUUCAAGGACCGCAGGGGCCGGGCGAGGGGCGGGAACGCCUCCAGUGGGCCCGCCCCACCCCGCCCCGCCCGCAACCCCGGGGCCAGGAAGUGCGAAAAGAACCGCCGCGGGCCAUGGACGGGGCCGUCAUGGAAGGAACGCUCUUUCUGCAGAGUCAGCGUUUCGGUACCAAGAGGUGGAGGAAGACCUGGGCCGUGCUGUACCCGGCCAGCCCCCACGGCGUGGCGCGGCUCGAGUUCUUCGACCACAAGGGGUCGAGCUCUGGAGGGGGCCGAGGGGGCUCGCGCCGCCUGGACUGCAAGGUGAUCCGUCUGGCGGAGUGUGUGAGCGUGGCGCCCGUGGCGGUGGAAAGCCCCCCAGAGCCUGGCGCCACAGCCUUCCGCCUGGACACCGCGCAGCGCUCCCACCUGCUGGCGGCCGACGCGCCGUCCAGCGCCGCCUGGGUGCAGACGCUGUGCCGCAACGCCUUUCCGAAAGGCAGCUGGGCUCAGGCGCCCGCCGAGAACCCACCCAAGCUUUCUGCCCUGGAGAUGCUGGAGAACUCCCUGUAUAGCCCCACCUGGGAAGGAUCCCAGUUCUGGGUAACCGUGCAGAGGACCGAAGCCGCUGAGCGCUGUGGCCUGCAUGGCUCCUAUGUGCUGAGGGUGGAGGCUGAGAGGCUCACGCUGCUGACCGUGGGGGCCCAGAGUCAAAUACUAGAGCCACUCCUUUGCUGGCCUUACACUCUCUUGCGUCGCUAUGGCAGGGACAAGGUCAUGUUCUCUUUUGAGGCUGGCCGCCGCUGCCCCUCUGGCCCUGGAACCUUCACCUUCCAGACAGCACAGGGAAACGACAUCUUUCAGGCAGUUGAGACUGCCAUCCACCAGCAGAAGGCCCAGGGAAAGGCCGGUCAGGGGCAGGAUGUUCUCAGAGCUGAUUCCCACGAAGGAGAAGUGGCAGAGGGGAAGUUGGCCUCCCCGACCCAGGAGCUCCUGGUCAGCCCUCCAGCCCUGUAUGCCGAACCCUUAGACUCCCUUCGCAUUCCUCCAGGCCCUUCCCAGGAUUCUCUAUACUCAGACCCCCUGGACAGCACCCCUGCUCCAGCUGGGGAGGGGGCACAGUUAAAGAAACCUCUCUACUGGGACUUGUAUGAGCAUGUGCACCAACAGUUGCUGAAGGCCAAGCUGACGGACUGCAAAGAAGACCCCAUCUAUGAUGAACCUGAGGGCCUGGCUCCAGCUGCUGUCCGGAGCCUUUAUGAUCUGCCUCAAGAGCCCAAGGAUGCGUGGUGGUGCCAGGCCCGGGUGAAGGAGGAGGGUUACGAGCUCCCCUACAACCCUGCCACCGAUGACUAUGCUGUGCCACCACCUCGGAGCACAAAGCCCCUCCCAGCUCCCAAGCCCCAGGGCCUGGCCUUCCCUGAACCUGGAGCAGCAACUGGCAGUAGAAGCAAGGGCCACAGCUCAGAUGCUGCCCUGUACAGCCAGGUCCAGAAGAGCGGGGCCUCAGGGAGCUGGGACUGUGGGCUCUCUAGAGCAGGCACUGACAGGACUGGGGUCAAGCCAGAGGGCUCCACGUGAGAAGUAGGGCAAGGCUGGGGUUCCUGAUAGGAGGACCAUGGGGAGGUGGCACUGGGGAUCAAAGAAACCUGUUAGGACAGUGGGAACCAGAGGGCUGGAGGGGCAUGUGUAAGACCAGGGGAUCAAAAGGAUCAGGGAAGGAUGAUCACUCCCAAGAAGUCCUGAAAGUGGGACAGAUGGCAGGGGCUGAGGGAUGGGACCUGGGGAGGCCAGCACCCCUAAGUCAUCCCUGCCAAGGGAUUGGACAGCUGCUGGACCAGGUCUGUGGAAAGCGGUACUUGGUCAGAGUAGCUGCAGUUUGAGAGACCUGUAUGGAGGCUAUAGGGAGAUGCUGGCCUGUGCCUGGAUCCUCACCCCUGCAUUGUUCUUUGCCAGAGAUAUAUAUUUUUUUUAAGUUUUAUUCUCAUUAAAGUCAGUUUGGGUUUAA